ACUGCAAAACAUCCAAUUCAAAUCACGCCGAGUCAAAUGUAGAAUAUUUAAUUGUAUUCGUGUGCUUGGCAAACCUGCCCUUUUUUCUAAAUUUGCAAUUUUUCCAAAUUUUGCGAUGCGAUAAGUAAAUUUGUGAACACAUACAACGUAGUAGGCUUGUGAUGGUGACAGUGGAUAAUUUUACCUCAAAAUUGUGCGCUAUAAUUUUAGGGAAAAAUACUGAAGAUGUAGCAAAUGAGUGGCGUUUGCUGGGCCAAGAACAAGAUGAGACUUUACUCUUCAGUUGGGUACAAUCGAGCAAGAUUCAAAAAGACGUUACUAAAAUCGGAUUAUACUCAUUUUCGACAAAUGACUUAACUGUAAUACAUACCUUUGAAACUGUAGUUAAUUGUAUUCAAGCUUCCAUCGAUAGUAGUAAAACUUACCUUGCCUAUGUUAUUAAAAGAAUCGAUCCAAAUGAUAGCAAAAUUUUCACAUACAAUCCCUAUUUAUUAAAAAUUGGCACAAAAAACGAAAUCUGUGAUUUGGACCUUGAACGGUCCAAACAAAUAUUGGUACAGUUUCUCUACCAAAAAUAUUCCGUUCUAUCGGAAAAUUCUCCAGUGAAAUUUCUUAUUUUAAUCCACCAGGAAUGCAUUUUGCAAUAUCAGAUAAAAAAUGAUAACGAGUUGAACGCAGAAAAUUUCUUUUACGAAUCGCUAGUGCGAAAAUUUAGUUGGGCCCAGUGGGACCCAAUCCAUCAAACCCUUUACUACAUACACAACCGGAAACCUACGAGAUGUCUAGUCGAAGGCGAAGAAGAAACACCUCCAAGCCUCACAAGCAAAACAUCACCGACUUUGUCGGGAUUACAAUUCCAUGAUGACCUGCCACAUGAAAGUGUGCUCAACAUCCCGCUGAAUUUACCCCACCUAUCGACUGUCUCGGGCAAUUGUGGCAUUUACGAAGACGAUUCUGUCCCUUUACGCAUUCACGAUUGUUCCCUUGAUUUAAUUGUUUUGACCAAUUCAAACGGUUACGUUUGCGUGUGCCACCACUACUUAUAUCAACCAAUACAGCCCACAACUGAACUCAAAGAUGACGAUACGAGUUUAGUCCAUUUUGCUUAUUCUGUUACUGUGUUACACCAAAGCUGUGUCAUACAUUGUGUAGUUCCUGGACUUCCCUGGAGUAAAGCGAAAACAAUACGCCCUCUAUUUAAAUACCACGGUGAUCAUAUGCUGGUUUUUAUACCAGAAGUGUGUACACAUUUAUUGGAUAUUGGAGCAAUGCAUGAGCCCUGUUGUCAUGUGAUAACAAAACCAUUAUUAACCAACUUAGAAACGCACAGACUUUGUCUUACAUCACUUGUGACCGUAGGGAGCGAUUAUGUGAUUAAUUUAGCGACUUUAGAUUUAAUUGACAUGACAAUGCCAACAAAUUUGCUUGUGCAAACGUUUAAAAAUAAUCCUCACCUCGGAAAUAAAUUGUCAAUAAUACAUUAUCUUAUUUUGCAUCGAAGUGAAAUGGAGAUCGUUUCGGAGUUAAUUGCAUGGCAGGCUGAGAAGCCUUUGAGUUUGGGUUUGCCACAAUUCUUGAGGGAAUUUUUGAUAGGAAGUUCGUACGCUUCAGUACAGAGGAACUUGCCGUCUGAUGCCAGCCACUUAGUGAAUUUAUUACCAAUAACUACCCAACAUAUGGGUAAUGAAUUCGAAGUAAGGAUUAAUGAUAAGAUGAUAUGUUUAUCACAAGACGUCCUUUGGAAUGCUUCUAUGAUGUUGCUUUCGCCACAGCAACGCAUAGUUCCGUACAGAAGUGACAUUUGGGUAAAACUUUGGGAACAACUCGCAAAAAUUUCAAAAGGAAAGCAACGAUUUCGGCCUACUCAAGUCGUCGAAAAAUUAUUAGUGUCCCUCGUGUGCUACCAGCCAGAAGCGCUGUCAAGAUCUAGCACUCCAAUGUCUCCGACUGGCUCAUCCGCAGUCCUAAACGACUUUCUUUCAAUUGGAAAUCAAUGCGGCCGAAAAUUGCUCGAUGCGUUACCGUUUUAUGAAAUCGAAAGCUGUACAGCGAGUAAACAAGAACACAUCAUCUCAGUUAAUUUGCGUGAACUCAGUAUGCAUUUAUUGAAACAAAGCGCUGAAAACAAAAUCAGCAAAUUUCAGUGGCAAUCACAAACUCCAAUGCACGUGCAUGCCGUUGCCACAAGAUACAUCACAGCUCAACUCGAACAGUCGCGAUAUUUGUGCCAAAUUUUGUGCAAAGCCGCUACUUUUGACCCGCGACAGGAGCUGGAAAAAGGAUUUGUUUACAUUGAGCAAUUACAAGAAGAAAGGCGAUAUAUUUUGUUCACAAUACUCGAACGAUAUUACCUAUCUGUAGAAUCAAUUGCAUUUCCCCUACCUCAAGGUUUUACUUCGUUUUUUGCAUAUUUGGGCUACAAAACCCUAAGCUUUGAUAUGUUUCUGCAGUACAUUCAACGAAAUGUUCUUGAGUUACAGGUGGAUGUUAUGAAAAUUAUUAUGGCAGUUGGACCCCGAAGGAUGCUCGACUGAAUCUGUUGGGUCCAGGGUAGAGGUCGUCCUUUUAUUGGGUUUGCGGAAGGCGGUGCCUGCGCAAAGGGCUAGUUGGGGUAGUGGGGCUGCGGCCGCUGGUGCAAGUGGCGCUACCAAAAGGGUAUUGGUGGAGCGCUUAUGAACUACCCGUACUAAUUAUUGCUACAGUUCUCCCCCUCAGAACCAUGUGAAGCGUCCCGAUCACUGGUUCUGGACGUUAUGUUUUCGGGGUCGUCCCCGCCGGCGAAUAGGCACAACAGGGGGUGGCACUUCCUUUUCCAGGCCGUGGUAUGGUGUGAGUUGAGAGCUGUGGUAUGUCCCUAGUGCUUGACUUGGUUGAUCCUGGGCUGCAAUUUCAUAACUAGUGGGGCCAUGCCGUCGUAGGAUUACGUAGGGACCAUCCCGUUUUGGGGCCAGUUUCGAACUAAAUUCUUUGGCGCUACUGCUGAGAGUAUGGAGUUGGACCAAAACCAAAUCUCCGGGUUGAAACUCGGGGGCUGUUCUUCGGGUGCGAUCAGCGGCUUCCUUCCGAUGAUCUUGUUUGUCUUCAUGUGUUUCUCUAGCCUUUUUCCACGUAUCGCUCAACAGUAAAAGUUUCGGUGUGGCUUCGGCCACAAAGGUCUCACUUUCAACUAUGUGUCGUAAAUCAUUAGUGACGUCGUCGAUGGUUCGUAAUUCUCGUCCAAACAUCAGGAAUGCAGGAGUGACACUAGUGCUGGAACAGGGCGUUGUAUUCAUAGCAAAGCGUAUGGUCGGAAGCUUUUCUGGCCAAGUGGAGUGUGGAUUGUCGCCUAUUUGGAUAGCGAGUUGCGUUUUAAGGUCCCGAUUUUUCCGUUCUACUGGGUUAGCCUCCGGAUGAUAAACUGGAGUGAAGGAUUGGCUUAUUCCUAAGCAGAAGGUGAGUUUCUGCAUUAUGGCGCUCACAAAUUGUGAUCCGUUGUCACUGAUUAUGCGUCGAGGUAGGCCAUAUCGAAAGCACACGUCAUUAAGAAGAGUCCAAGCGCACAUCUCGGCAGUUGCAUCAACAAGAGGGAAUAGUUCCACCCACCUAGUGCAUGUAUCUUCCACUAUGAAAAUCCAUUUUUCUCCGCAAUUGGAAGGGGGUAGAGGUCCAAACAAGUCUAUCGAAAUAACUUCCAGGCGUUGCUGAAGUACCGGGGUUUGCAAGAGUCCUGGGGGUUUCAGGUUAGAGGCCUUGUAUCGCUGGCAAGCAAUACAAGUGCGCAGGUAGUCGGAAACAUCUCUUCUCAUACCAGGCCAGUAAUAGCGGCAGGCAAUCUUACUGUAGGUUUUGUCAACGCCGUAAUGGCCGCCGGUAGGGGAGUCAUGGUGUUGUUUCAUAAUAUGGAGACGUUCAUGAUGUGGUACUACGAGUUGGGCCUCUUCAUAAUCAUCGGCUUGGGAGUAGCGGUACAACACACCUCGAUUCGUGACGUAUCCACGAGAAGACCAGGGCUGAGCGAUUUCAGGAUUUGAGGACAUUAAUUCGUCGAGAAUCUUCUUUACUUCUGGGUCCUUUAAUUGUUCGUUGCGAAUGUCGGCGUCCGAGCGAGCCGGUAAAUCAAUUUGGACUGUGCAGAUCAUACUAGAUUCUUCAGUUGCUGGUCGUGACAAAAAGUCGGCAAUAGUAUUUGCUUUUCCCGGUGUAUAUUCGAUUACCAGAUUGUAUGGCUGGAGCUGAAGAGCCCAUCGAGCAAGCCGUCCCGUAGGAGUUUUUAGCGACAUGAGCCAUCGCAGAGGUUGAUGAUCGGUGAUUACGGUUGUUGAGUUUUCCCCCACAUAUCCUCUGAAUUUGCUAAUGGCCCAUACGAUGGCGAGGGCUUCCCGUUCCGUGGUUGAAUAGUUGCGUUCCGAUGAAGUUAACAAGCGGCUAGCGUAUUCAACGGGUCUCUCGUCGGGGCCCUCCCCCUGGAGAAGAGCCGCACCGAGUGCAUAAGCACUGCUAUCGGUUCGUAAGAUAAACGGUUGGGUUGGAUCGGCUGCUCGUAAUAUAGGAGCUGUUGUCAACUUUUCCUUUAAAGUGGUGAAUGCCUCGUCUUGUGCGUUUCCCCAUUUCCAAGAAGCGUUCUUUUUGGUUAGUUCACUUAGUGGACGUGCCACGGAUGCGAACUGAUCAAUAAAUCGGCGAAACCAAGAGCAGGUUUGUAAGAAGGACUGCAGCUGCUUCAGGUUUCGUGGAGGUGGUAUUUGUUUAAUAGCUUCCACCUUCUUUUCAUCUGGGGCGAUGCCAGAGGGAGAGAUACGAUGUCCAAGAUAUCGUACCUCCGAACAUCCGAUCAAGCACUUGUUCCUGUUUAUGCGUAGUUGAAAGCGUCGUAACUGGUCAAAAGUACUUCUCAAGUGGCGAAUAUGUGUAUGACCAUCGGGGGAGAUUAUAAUGAGAUCAUCCAGGUAUGCCAGUAUGGGAACGUCGGGAAUGCCGGUUUUAAAUUUGUCCAUUAAACGUUGGAACGAAGCCGGUGCAUUGCGUAGACCGAAUGGCAUCCGUGUGAAGCGAUAUAGUCCAAAAGGGCAGAUAAAAGAUGUUUUAUCCCUAUCUCCCGGUUCCACCUGGAUCUGCCAAUAGCCGGCCUGUAGGUCCAACGUUGUAAUACAACCAAUCUUUCCAGUUGCGUGUAACAGAUCGUCCAGUCUAGGAAGUGGAUAGACAUCUGGUUUUGUUACAGCAUUUAGUUUAUGGUAAUCCACACAUAGCCUAAUGGUCCCAUUGGCUUUGGGUACCAUUACCACGGGAGACGCCCACGCACUAUCACAUUCUUCGAUGAUACCCUGUUGAAGGAGUCGCUCUAUUUCCAUUUGGAGGACCUUUCGUUUCUCACAUGUCAGGCGAUAUGGAGGUACUGCUACAGGGAGGCUGUCACCGGUAUUAAUUCGAUGGGUGGCGUAUGGGGUUGGUGGACCAAAUUCCGCAAAUAAGUCUCUGUAUUCCUUCACUAACCGGUUGAUUUCAUGCUUCUCCGUGGUGGUUAAAAACUGACCUUCUGUAGGGCGAAGCUCCAAUGAACAAAUUUCCGUUUUGUAAGGGAUCGUCGCAAAUAGAUCGGUCUGGUAUUCAUCGUGAUACUGGUCGUAAUGCAUCAGCAUCUCGUUUGCAUCUUGUAGCAUGUAGUCGGCGCCACCGGGAGCUUGAUAAAUGUUCCACGUACCUCCGGGAGUAAUUACGGACGGUAUGAUACUUGAAUUAUCGGGUGGUGGAGGGCCGUAUCCAUUAGCAAUAUAUUCGGGGUCCAAGGGUGACAGAAAUUCUAUCUUUGUUGCUUGGAACACGGUACGAAUGUCUUCAUCGGUGGGAGUGGCGCAAUCGUUAGCGAAGGCAACCUUUUCAUUUGGAUUUUGUUCGAAGUAAAACUGCUGAUGCUUUAGGUCGAUGAUCACUCCACUGUCUUCAAUAAAGUCGGCUCCCAACAAAGUUUUUGUAUCCUCUGAGGUUGAGAGCACGAUAAAAGUGGUUUUUGUGAUUUUGCCUGCCAGCUUUACAUUAGUUGUUACAGUGGGGACUUCCAUCAGGCGGGUUCCACCAUCCGCAAGAGUUGCUUCCACUUUUUCUUUACGUGGAGUACAACCUUGUCGGAGGAGGUGUUGAUACAGGCUUAUGCUUGCCACACUAUUGCCGGCGGCGGUGUCCAACAAUGCGGUUCCCGUGAUGCCCAAGAUUUCUAUAUUAACCGUUGGCCGACGCCGAGGUUGAAUGCUUGUGUUUAUUGCACAGAAUCCAGUUGGAUCCGUGGUUGGAGCACUUACUGGAGCAGUAGGUGGAUUGCAAUCCGGACAAUUGCGUCGGAACACCCCCGGCCUUUGGCAUCCGUAACACCGAAUGUCCGUACUCACUCGCGGCACUAUUGCAUUUGGUGCAGAAGGUGGUCCGGAAGUGGUGUUGGUCUUUAGUUUUCUACAUUCACCAACAUCAUGUCCAAAUGCUCUACAGAAACUACACCGUGCGCGAUUUUUCCCGCCGUUUGCUUUAACGGUCGUGGUCCCAUUCGUUUUUUGGGAUUUUACCGGGCCCGCGGCCGAUUCUUUUUCGUUUUCUUCGAUUGCUCGCGCGCGAUUCAAAAGUUCGUUAAAUGAUCCAAUAUCACUGCGCGGAAUUUUGUCGCGAAUUUUAUGUCUUAGUAGGCCGUACACAACGUCAAUUUGCCAUUCUUCGUCAAGAUGGCGUGUCAUCUGUGCGAGGCGGUCCCGUUGGAUCGUCACAUAUCUGUCCGUGGGCAUUCCUUCUGGUUGGGGUUCACCGAAGAUUUCCAGAAAUAGUCGAUAGUUUGGGCGACGAGGGGCGAAGGCGUUCCGGAUUAGCUGCAUGGCGGCAUCCCAAGUGUCGACGUUAUUCUUUACACCACUCCACCAUUGAUUGGCUUCUUUCAUCAGAGGAAGACCUGCAAGUGCUUCGGCAUCUUCUAUGCCUUCCACUUCUUUGAAUAUGGUGGCCGCUGUGAUGAAUUCCUCAACUGCUGCGUGCGACCUGGUGCCAUCGAAUCUUGCCACACAUUGUGUGAAAUGCCUGGGGUUAGCGCGAGGUGCCCCAGGUGCUGGUGCAGGUGCUGGUGCUUGUGCCGCCAUUCCUUGGAUUUGCAGCAGCAAUUGUUGAAAUUGCUCCUGCGUCAUCUGGAUCGCCAUCUCGUUCAAACGUGGACUUCGCCGUGGAGGUGCUUCUACUCUUUGACGUCGUCGUGGAAUGUUGAAACUUCGGGCCCAGACGUUGGGCGUCAAUUUGUAACAGUAUUGGUGGGAGCGGGAAAUAUACUCCAAACGAGUUUGGUUUUUGUUAAAA